AGCUCCCACCAAUUUGCAAUCAGUCAGACCCGGCUGCCGAAGCAGUAGAAAAAUUAGGGAAAGUGUUGGAACGCGUUGAAGAAAAGUUCAAUAGUAAACUCCAUAAAAAAAAUUAAACGCAGCCGCCGUCAGUCGACAAUAAAAUUUCGCAAAUAUCGCCGUAAAUUGGAAGACAAUUAUUGUAAAGAGAAAAUUGCUUAAAGCACGCAUUGUCACAUACUAUAACUAAGAAUAUUGUACAUAAUUUUAAAAGGCAGUAAAGCAAAACAGAAUAAAACCUACAUUAGGUGAAACAACAACAAACCAAUACUUAGAACGUUCCAAAGAGUUACCCAGUCAAUAAUAAAAUAAAUAAAAUAAGAAAAUAUAAACAAACAAUUAAUAAAAAUGAUCAAUAUGGACAUUAGUGUAACACCGAAUUAUUCGUACAUUUUCGAUUUCGAAAAUGAUUUUAUCCACCAACGCACACGCAAAUGGAUGGUCGAGAAUUGGACUUGGGUAUUCUACUAUUGUGGCAUUUAUAUGUUGGUGAUAUUUGGCGGACAGCAUUUUAUGCAGAAUCGUCCCAGAUUCCAACUACGCGGUCCAUUAAUUAUCUGGAAUACAAUGCUCGCCAUGUUCAGUAUUAUGGGCGCCUUUCGAACGGCACCAGAACUUCUGCAUGUGCUGCGUCAUUAUGGCCUUUUCCAUUCCGUUUGCGUUCCUAGCUACAUCGAACAAGAUCGCGUCUGCGGUUUCUGGACCUGGUUGUUUGUGCUCUCCAAACUGCCCGAACUCGGCGAUACAAUAUUCAUUGUAUUGCGAAAGCAGCCGCUCAUUUUCCUGCACUGGUACCACCACAUCACUGUGCUCAUCUACUCCUGGUUCUCGUACACCGAGUACACCUCUUCGGCGCGUUGGUUCAUCGUCAUGAACUACUGCGUACACUCGGUGAUGUACUCGUACUACGCGCUGAAGGCGGCGCGUUUCAAUCCGCCACGCUUCAUUGCCAUGAUCAUCACGUCGCUGCAAUUGACGCAAAUGAUUGUCGGCUGUGCGAUCAAUGUGUGGGCCAAUGGCUUCCUCAAGACGCACGGACGUCAAUCGUGCAAUAUCUCACAGACCAACAUCAACCUAUCGAUUGCGAUGUACUUCAGCUACUUCGUGCUCUUCGCGCGCUUCUUCUACAAGACAUACUUGUCGCCGGCCGGCAAGAAGACACGCCGCAUGGCAGCAUCUUUGGCCGCGCAAAACACCGCCAAACUCUCACCGCCCAGCAGUGACAUGUCGUCGAAGUCGUCGCUACUGUCCGACAGCAGCAAUGGCGCAUUGAACGGCAGCGCCGCCAACGGUGCUGCUGCGUUUCUACACAAACCGAAGUUGCAGUAAGCCGGCGACGGCGUCAACGACGGCAUCGGCGGUGUUGGCAAAGGUUAUGUUGUAUUUUUCUUGUUUUUGGUGGGACAUUUUAGCGGGUGCCGAAUGGUGAAUGAAAGCGUUUGAGAUGAUGUAUUUUUGGAAUUCGAGAGCAAUGGAUAAGUCAAAAGUCAGUAGUCAGUAGUGUCUACGUUUUAGUUUUCUUUGUUGGAAGUGCGGGUCAAAGCAUAUACAUACACACAUAUGAUACAUACAUAUACGUGCGUGCAUAUGUAGUUGCAGCGAAAUAAACUAAUCAGCGACAAGCAGGAAGAAGGGGUGCCGGUGUGUGAUGCAGCGAAAUUUCAACAAAACAAGCCUGUAUUCAAUAAAUUGUAAAUGAACAACAACAACAACAACAAAAACAAAUGAU